GAUCACCAGAAUGGAUGAGACGGACGAUAAAAUUGCAAUAGUGGGAAUUGGCUGUAAUUUUCCAGGUGGUGAAGGGAUAGAUAAUUUUUGGAAAGUUCUUGUUGAAGGAAGGAAUUGCACUGUUGAGAUACCAGCUGAACGCUUUGACAUAAAACACUGGUGGGAUACAGAUUCCAGUAAACCUGGCAAAACGUAUACAAGUCGAGCUGCUCUUGUAGACGGAUUUAAUGAAUUUGACAACAAACUCUUUGGGAUUCACAAUUCCGAGGCGGAGAAUAUGGAUCCUCAGCACAAAUUACUGCUUGAAUGUACCUAUCGUGCCCUGGAGGAUGCUGGCUAUCCAAUGGAAAGGGUCAAUGGAACGCAAACUGGUGUCUUUAUAGGUCUCAUGAACAGAGAUUUCGAUGUGAUAGAUAAUAACGCUGCUGAAUCCAUCAAUCAUUUUAAUGGCACUGGGACUGCAACAAGUAUUGCAGCAAACAGGAUAUCUUACUGCUUCAAUCUGACUGGACCAUCCCUGGCAAUAGACACAGCAUGCUCAUCCUCUCUUGUAGCUCUGCAUUACGCCUGCCAAGCCAUCAAAAAUGGAGACUGUGAGAUGGCGGUGUGCGGUGGUGUGAGCUGUAUCAUCGAGCCUCGAGUCUUUGUUACCCUUUCUAAAGCAAAAAUGAUCUCUCCAGAUGGACUAUCUAAACCUUUCUCCAAAAAGGCUGAUGGAUAUGGAAGAGGAGAAGGAUGUGGUAUAAUUAUUCUCAAGUCCUUGGGAAAGGCAAAGGAGGAUAACAGCAAAGUGUGGGGAGUUAUAUGUGCCAGUGCGGUAAAUCAGGAUGGAAAAUCAGUGACACCAUUAACCAAACCAUCUCAAAGACAGCAGGAAGCUUUGCUAAAAACAAUCUAUUCUAUCAUUGACCCAUCUACAGUGCAGUACGUGGAAGCUCAUGGCACUGGAACCCCUGUUGGGGAUCCUGUGGAAGCAGCCAGCAUUGGAAACAUUAUUGGGAAAAAUCGUCCUACUGGAUCACCUCUAAAGAUCGGCUCAGUUAAAGGAAAUAUUGGUCACACAGAGUCUGCUUCCGGGGUGGCUGGUUUAAUUAAAGUUCUCCUAAUGAUGCACCAUGAAGUGAUUCCUCCAUCAUUGUAUUAUUCCAAAGAUCUAGGAAUUAUACAAAUAGAAGAAGCCAAUUUAACUAUUCCAAUAACUCCUGAAAAAUGGACGCACGAUGGAAAACUUGGCAGAGUGGCUAGCAUUAACAGUUUUGGGUUUGGGGGGACUAAUGUUCAUGUUGUGCUGAAACAACAUAAACAAAAUUCCUCAAAAUGUUUAUCAAAAAGGCCUGUUGAAAUUUUUGUUGUAUCUGCAGCUUCCAGUAAAUCCCUCCAACUCACCAUUGAAGACACAAAGCAGCAGUUAAACAAAGUGGACUCUUUGUCUCUGGAGAACUUGGUCUACACAUCUGCAUGUAGAAGAAGCCACAGAAACUUCAAAUUUAGAAAAGCAUUUCUAGCAUCGUCCUUAAAACAUUUACAAGAACAACUAGCAAAAGCAAACAAUGAAUCAUUUCCUGCACAAAGAAGUCCUGAACUAGUGUUCGUGUUCUGUGGUAAUGGACUUCUAUAUAAAGGGAUGUGCAAGAUGUUACUGAGAUCAGAACCGGUAUUUAGAAAGAAAUGCAUUGAGAUAGAUGAGUUACUUCAAGUGUAUACAUCUCUUUCCAUGGUGAAGUUACUAGAGAGUGAGUUUGAUGACUUCUCCAGACCAGACAUUGCACAGUUACUGCUCUUUACCAUUCAGACUUCAUUAGUGGCUCUACUGAGACAUUGGGGGGUCAAACCAGACACCAUCGUUGGACACUCAGUUGGAGAAGUUGCUGCCGCCCAUUGUUCUGGACUUCUUUCACUUCAGGAUGCUGUAAAAGUGAUUUAUUACAGGAGCACAUUGCAAUCCAAAGUCACUGGAGGGAAAAUGCUGGUAGUGAGCAAUAUACCUGUGACCGAAAUAUCAACAGAUAUCAGGUCAUACGGACAAAGAAUAAACAUGGCCGCUUAUAAUAGUCCUACCUCAUGUACAGUGUCUGGCGAUGCAGAAUCAAUAGUAAAACUCUAUGAUCAAUUAAACCAACAGUACAGCAAAAGGAACAUAUUUCUACAUCUACUUGACGUUCCUGCUGCAUAUCACAGCCACAUGAUGGAUCCUAUUUUAGCGGAGAUAGAAGACAAACUGCAAAAUUUGGAAGCACAAACACUUGAAACUGACAUUAUCUCCACAGUGACUGGAUUGAAAGCUUCUAAAGGGGAUUUUACAACUGGAGGAUACUGGGCUAGAAAUAUCCGUGAACCAGUUGAAUGUGAACAAGCAAUAAAAUCUUCAAUUACUGGUAAACAAAAUCCAGUGUUUAUUGAAAUUGGGCCAAAGAGAGCUUUACAAAGGUACAUCGUGGACAUUUUAGGUGAGAGCUUUGUUAUUUUACGUGCUAGUAUGCCCUUUAAAGAAUAUGAGACAAUAUUCUCUAUCUUGGUUAAACUUUUCCAAGAAGGAUACAAUCCUGACUGGUGUAAAGUCUACGAAACAUAUACGUUUUCACCAGCAGCUCUUCCCAGAUAUCAGUUUGACCAUAUGAAACAAGACGUUAAGUUUGAGAAAAUCCGUCAAGGAAACCAAGGUCUCACAAUUUCAGGUCAUCCUCUGAUACAUCAUGUGAGUGAAGACUUCAUGGAAUGUCGAUGCACUAUUUCUAAAGCCAUCACACCCUAUAUCUAUGAGCAUAAGAACAAUGGAUCAAUUCUCGUUCCAGGUUCAUUUUACAUGGAGCUUGGCUUAGCAGCUGCUUCGUUUAUUUUAAAACCAAAAGUUCCUUUAAAUUCUCUUGAAAUAAACAUAACAUUUUCUAGACCAUGUCUUCUUACCCAAGACAGUAUUGAUCUUACAACAAGGCUAAAACAAGAAGAGAAAGUGACUUAUUUUGAAAUCUUAUCUUCGCAUGUUUAUGCAUCAGGAGAAAUUCGAAGAACAAACAUGGCUGAAGAAAAAAGAAUUUCCCUUCUCAACAUCUUCAAAAGAUGCUCAUAUGUUUUUGAACAGGAAAAGAUGUAUCAAAUAUUGUCUAAGUUUGGUUUUGAGUAUGGGAAAGUUUAUAAGGAGCUCCAUGAAAUACAUUAUGGACAAGAAUUUAAAGAAGGAAUUGCUGGAGUCACAGUAAGUGAGGAGAUUACAGGAACAAUCCAUGAAUAUUGUAUCCAUCCUGUUGUCCUAGACUACUUUCUUCAGAUGCUUGUUAUUGUUACUGUAGGAUCAAGAGAUUACGGUGCUCUUUUUCCUUCCUCCAUCGGCAGUCUUAUUAUUCUGAGACCUCUCCAGGAAAAAAUGUUCAUUUACAUAAAAGUCAUUAAAAUAACAAAGAAUGACUAUGAACUAUGUGGAUGCUUUACUGAUCACAAUGGUUGUAUAUUAGUGGAAAUAAAACAUGCUAAGCUAACAUCAGUCAAACAAGCAUUACAAGAGAAUGAUUGUUUUUUCCAAAAUGUAUGGAAGACAACCCCAGGUUUAACAACAAAAAAAAUUAAUAGUAAAAGCAACCCUAGUUUUCUAGUGUUUGGUGACAACUAUGGCGUAAGUCAGAAAUUAAUGAGGAAUAUACGUAAUGGGUUGAAAUAUGUCAGCUUUAUCAACUGGGAAUCCAGCAUUCAAUUAAUUAAUACACUCAACAUUAAAGAUAAGGAUGCUUUAUUCAUGUGGGGAAUUGACAGAAUUAGACUCCAGCCAUCAGAUUCAAACACCGUCUCACAAUACUUAGCAAAGUGCUGUGAAACUUAUCGACAAGUGAUCCUGGCAGUGAGACAACAAAAUUCUGGAGCUUCUAUAAGAACAGUCACCUUCAGAACCGUUGAAAACACAGUGGAUCACAUUAACCCAGGAUUUGCUCUUGUAGGCAUGACUAGAAGUUGUGCAGCUGAGAUGCCUGACAUUACAUUUCAAUUGAUUGAUAUCAGCUCUUCAAACGCAGACGAUGUGGAAGCUCUGGCACACGUACUCUCUAAUUACGAACCAAAGGAUUAUCCAGAAGUUUGGAUCCAUGAGGGUCAAAUAUAUAUAAGUGAAAUCUUCCGAACCAAAAUCAUUGAGGAGACAAGGAGACUUGACAUGCCUUUGAAAAAGUCAGACAACUUCACAUUGUACACAGCUGAUCCAUAUAAAGUAACUGAACUUUCUGCUGAAAUAAAUAAGUCCAAUGUUAUGGAGUUCACCUAUGAAAAUGUAGAGGUACAAAUUGACCAACUAUGCUCCCAUACAGAAGAUUUCUUUCCUGUUAGCUUUUCAAGCUGGCAGUUUGGAAAUUCUCUGUACUGGAGCUCACUGUCUACUGAAAACCAUAAACUGCUUACUCUGGAUUUUACCGGCACGGUAACUGCAGUAGGAAAACAUGUCAAGAAGCUUAAAGUUGGUGAUCGGAUUGCAACAUGUUAUCCAACAAUUGCAUCAUCCAGAGCCACUCUUCCCGAGGCUGUGUGCUAUUCAAUAAAGAAGGUCCCGAUAUUAAAAAAGCUUCCUUGUGUAUCUCACUUCAUUUUAGCCUGGGAAGUUUUUCAUCAACAGCUGCCUCAAGCAAACAGUAAAUCCAAGCUUGUCAUUGUCUGCACUAAUCCAAAGUCUGUUUUGUGUAUGAUUCUUGCUAAUGCAGCAAAAAGUAAAGGUUGGGAGCCAACAAUAUCUUCAAAUAUUGAUUUAAAAGCAAAACAGUGCAAUGCCAUGAUUAUCCUGCCUUCAUCCAAAACCAUCUCAUUGGAGGAUAUUUCUCAACUAUCCUUGCUUCAGGAUAUAGUUAUUAUACAAGACCGUAGAAAUAAAGAAAGUUUCCAGACUGAAAAUGGUUAUUGGACUGAGAAUACAUACAUUCACCUACUCAAUCCUGCUACAAUCUUUCAGAAAGCAUAUAUAAACGAGAUUGCUAAAGAUUUAUACAAAUGGCUGCAAUCAAUCCAUACAGAUGUGUUUCUAAGUCUACAACACACAGUUACUCUCUCUGGGGUUAAUGGCUAUAUUGAUGAUGAAAGAUUUAACUAUUUCACUUGCCAGAGUUUACCAGUUAUUGACCUUGACCAAACCAGCAUCUCAGGUGUUCCAUUGUCUAUCAAAGAGGAAACACUUUUCAAACAUGAUGCUGUUUACAUAGUCACAGGUGGACUGACUGGUCUAGGAUUUGAAACCGUGAAGUUCAUUGUACAAAAUGAUGGUGGUCAUGUUGUCAUUCUGUCCAGAAGAAGUCUCACCCAUGAAAUGCAUCAGGGCAUAGCAAAAAUUCAGAAUGAACAGGCGGAUAUUAAAAUAACAGCCAUUCAGUGUGAUAUAACAAGUUACUCAGAGGUGAUGGAAGCUAUUAAUUCCAUACAGAAAAUCUUCCCAAAUAUUCCCAUCAAAGGUAUUUUCCACAGUGCUGUCGUUUUGCAUGAUGGGAUCCUAGAGAGCCUAAACUUAUCACUGUUUGAGAAGGUUCUGAGACCAAAAGUGGAUGGGGCAAUCAAUCUUCACCAUGCUACAAUAAAACAGGAGCUAGAUUAUUUUGUAUGUUAUUCCUCUGUUGCUUCAUUUGUAGGAAAUGCUGCACAAGCAAAUUACGCAGCUUCCAACUCAUUUCUAGACAUAUUCUGUCAAUACAGAAGGAAUAUGGGUCUUUCUGGACAAUCCAUCAAUUGGGGUGCCAUCAAUCUUGGACUUUUGCACAAUCGCGACAAUCUUCAUAAGCUAUUGCAAGCUAGAGGAAUCCUUCUUUUUACAAAAGAUGAUAUACACACACACCUUAAGAAAUGUUUAAGACUCAAUACUUGUCAACAAGGAGUUGUUAAAUUUGAUUUUCAGACUCUGCAAAAUAACUGGACUUCGCGUAUUUCAACACUGAACAUGCGGCUCUCUCGUGUUGUUGCUGAAUCAAUCAGUAAUGCAUCAAACACCACCAAACCGACUGUGUCUUCUAAAUGUUCAGAUGUCGGCACAGACGAAUAUGUUCUUUUAAUUGUUAGUGAACUAACCAGUGUCAGUUCAUGUGAUAUUACUCCUGAUACUUUACUAAAUUCACUGGGAAUUGACUCUAUGUUGGGCAUGACACUACAGAGCCGCAUCUUUCAGGAUAAAAAUUUAAAUAUUCCUCUUGUUAGACUACUUGAUCCUAGCACAACUCUCUCAACAAUAAUUUUGAUACUUAAAUUAAAUGUCGAUGACAGUUCAAACAAUGAGGAGACUACUUCUGAGGAUACCAGCUUAUAG